CCACGCUUGCCUUUUUUUUGAACUCCGAAACGUUCGCCUUGCUUCCCAUCACAUUCGACUGCAAUCCCCGCCAACUACACGCGAGACCAGAGCAUUUUCUCUCUCUGAGCUGCCUCAGCUCAACUCACUUCUCUCUUCAUUCUCCACAGGAGAGUCGCUUCGAGCUAUUCAUUACUAUUUGCUGAUCGGACCGCAAUAUCUCUCCAGUUAUGACCGUGCUAAAUCAUCGACCGUUGAAUCAGGGUGAGGAGAUGCUUGUGCCUGACUCUGAUGUGGUGGAGCGUCCUCGGCCAGUAGUUCAAGGUCCUCAGCCUAUGGAAGUAGGUCCAACGUGCGCUGUUAAUUCAGUGGAAAAUCAAGCAGUAGAUGAGCCAAAAGCUUCACGUUUCACAUGGACAAUUCCAGAUUUCUGUAGACUCAAUGUGAAGAAGCACUACUCAGAAGUUUUUAGUGUAGGUGAUUACAAAUGCCGGGUGCUUAUAUUUCCAAAAGGAAACAAUGUGGAGUGCUUGUCAAUGUAUUUGGAUGUGGCAGAAUCAGCUAAUUUGGCACAUGGAUCGAAUAGACAUGCCCAAUUCAGCUUAUCAGUUGUGAAUCAGCUUAAUGACAAGUACACGGUUAAAAAGGAAGCAGUACACCAAUUCAUCCAAGGCGAGAGCGAUUGGGGCUUUACAUCAUUUAUGCCUCUUUGGGAUCUUUAUGACCCUUGCAAGGGAUACCUUGUGAACGAUACAGUUGUGAUUGAAGCUGAUGUUGCUGUAAGGAAGGUAGUUGAUUAUUGGUCAUAUGACUCAAAGAAGGAGACUGGUUUUGUUGGGCUUAAGAACCAGGGAGCAACUUGUUACAUGAAUUCUCUCCUGCAAACUCUUUACCAUAUUCCCUACUUUCGGAAGGCUGUCUAUCGCAUGCCAACUACAGAGAAUGGUAUAUCUCUGGCGCUGCAGAGUUUGUUUUACAAGCUCCAGUAUAGUGAUACCAGUGUGGCAACUAAAGAAUUGACAAAAUCAUUUGGAUGGGACACACAUGAAUCAUUCAUGCAGCAUGAUGUGCAAGAGUUCAACAGAGUGCUGUGUGAAAAGAUUGAAUACAAGAUGAAGGGUACUGUUGUAGAAGGGACAAUCCAGAAGUUGUUUGAAGGGCACCUUAUGAAUUACAUUGAAUGCAUAGAUGUAGACUUCAAAUCAACAAGAAAAGAGUCAUUUUAUGAUCUUCAGCUUGAUGUCAAAGGCUGCCAGGAUGUCUAUGCUUCGUUUGACAAAUUUGUUGAGGUUGAUCGCCUUGAAGGUGCUAACAAGUACCAUGCUGAAAAACAUGGUUUACAGGAUGCUAAAAAGGGUAUGCUGUUUAUCGAUUUUCCUCCAGUUCUACAGCUUCAGCUUAAGCGAUUUGAAUAUGAUUUCACACAAAAUGCGAUGGUUAAGAUAAAUGACCGCUAUGAAUUCCCCCUUGAGCUUGAUCUUGAUAGAGAGAAUAGCAAAUAUUUGUCUCCAGAAGCAGAUAAGACUGUUCGAAACCUUUAUACACUUCACAGUGUCUUGGUUCACAGUGGCAAUGUGCAUGGUGGACACUACUAUGCUUUCAUCAGGCCUACACUCUCUCAUCAAUGGUACAAAUUUGAUGAUGAACGAGUCACCCAAGAAGACAUUACGAAGGCAUUAGAGGAGCAGUAUGGCGGUGAGGAGCAGUUGCCACAGACGAAUCGCGGCUUCAGCAACUCCCCAUUCAAAUUUACAAGAUACUCAAAUGCUUACAUGCUUGUUUAUAUACGUGAGAGUGACAAGGAUAAGAUAAUCUGUGAUGUUAAUGAGAAUGACAUAGCAGAACACUUUAGGAUAAGGUUGAAGAAAGAACAAGAAGAGAAGGAGGAUAAGAGACAUUAUAAAGCACAGACACAUUUAUAUACUAUUAUAAAGGUUGCACGCGAUGAGGAUCUAAAAGAACAGAUUGGUAAGGAUAUAUAUUUUGAUCUUGUUGAUCAUGACAAAGUCCGCAGCUUUCGGAUUAAAAAGGAGAUGCCAUUUAUUCAUGUCAAGGAGGAGGUUGCCAAGGAGCUUGGUAUACCUGUACAGUAUCAGCGGUAUUGGAUAUGGGCAAAGCGGCAAAAUCACACAUAUCGUCCAAAUCGCCCUUUGACUCCACAUGAGGAGUCACAGUUGGUUGGGGAGUUGAGAGAAGUUUCCAACAAGACCAACAAUGCAGAACUUAAGUUAUUCUUGGAAGUAGAAUAUGGACCGAAUCAACUUCUCAUUCCUCCACCUCACAAGAGUGAAGACGACUUACUUCUUUUCUUUAAGCUCUAUGAUCCUUUAAAAGAACAAUUACGGUAUGUUGGUCGGUUUUUUGUAAAGAAUACUGGUAAACCAGUUGAAUUAUUAACAAAGCUGAAUGACCUGGCUGGAUUCCCUCCUGACCAAGAAAUUGAACUAUUUGAGGAAAUCAAAUUUGAGCCUUAUGUUAUGUGUGAGCGACUUGACAUAUGGGCUUCAUUUCGACUCAGCCAGAUUGAAGAUGGUGACAUUAUUUGCUUUCAAUGGAAACCUGCUCCUGAAAUUGAGGAGAAACUCAGACAUCCAGCUGUUCCUUCAUUUAUGGAAUAUGUUAAAAACCGCCAGCUUGUACGUUUCCGAUCUUUGGACAGACCCAAGGAUGAUUGUUUUUGCCUUGAGUUAGCAAAAAAUCACACUUAUGAUGAUGUUGUGGAGAGAGCGGCUCAACAACUUGGUUUGAAAGAUCCUUCCAAAAUUAGACUUACUCCGCACAACUGCUACUCCCAGCAACCUGAGCCUAGCCCCAUCAAAUAUCGAUCUGUUAAUCAUUUGGUUGACAUGCUUAUCCACUACAAUCAGAUUUCCGAUAUUUUGUAUUAUGAAGUUCUGGACAUUCCUCUUCCAGAGUUGCAGUGUCUUAAAACACUCAAAGUUGCAUUUCACCAUAUUACGAAGGAUGAGGCUGUAAUUAUCAAUGUUAGGUUGCCAAAACAGAGCACAGUAGGAGAUGUGCUUAAUGAAAUGAAGGGAAAGGUAGAGUUGUCUCAUCCUAAUGCAGAACUCAGGUUGCUUGAAGUCUUCUAUCACAAGAUUUACAAGAUCUUCCCACUUAGCGAGGAAAUUGAAAAUAUAAAUGAUCAAUACUGGACACUGCGUGCUGAGGAGGUACCAGAAGAGGAGAAAAACAUAGGUCCUCAUGACAGAUUGGUUCAUGUUUACCACUUCAAAAAAGAGACAGCUCAGAACCAGCUGCAAAUCCAAAAUUUUGGGGAUCCCUUCUUAUUAGCCAUUCAUGAAGGUGAAACAUUAGCAGAAAUUAAAGUCCGGAUUAAAAAAAAAUUGCAGGUUCCUGAGGUUGAAUUUUCCAAGUGGAAGUUUGCAUUUAUAUCAUUGGGACGCCCAGAAUAUCUUCAGGACUCAGACAAUGUACUCAACUGCUUCCAGAGAAAGGAUGUAUAUGGUUCCUGGGAGCCGUACCUUGGUUUGGAGCACACUGUUGAGACUCCAAGGAGAGUUAGUUCACCUAGCCACAAGCGUCAAACUUUUGAAAAGCCUGUAAAGAUACAUAACUAAGCAGGAGCAUCAAACUUUUGCGUAUGCGUGCAGCCUCUUGACAGAACUGAUAUAAAGUAAAAUUUAAAAUGCAUUCGAGGUUAAGGAGGAACUGGCCCGAGAGGGGCAAAUCUUUUUGCUGAUUGAUUGCUCUAAUGCAAGUACUACGGUAGUAGGCUAUGAUUUGAUUUGUAGCGCCUCAAUCACACAUCAGUGUGGUAAUACGCAUAUAAGCGAUUUUGUUAUUAAGGCAAUGUAUAGUCUGGGUCAUUGUUUUCAUGUUUCUUUUCUACUGUAUUUCGAUUCCGAUGUCUCAUGUGCUGCAUAAUACCCGAGAGAUGGGCUUGCAGAGACAAAACUGUGACAGUUUUUGUGAAAUGUUUUUAAAUCAGGUCUUGUGCUUUUAAACCCA